AUGUCAGCCAAGUCAAUCCUUGAAGCGGAUGGCAAGGCCAUUCUCAACUACCACCUCACCAGAUGCCCCGUCAUCAAAUCCUCCCCUCUACCCCCUCAAUCCACCCACAAUCCCCCCCCCAAGCUCGCCUCCCUCUACUUCCCCGAAGAUGCCUCUGUCGACGCUAUCCUCGACCAGGCUGAGAGCACCUAUCCCUGGCUGCUCGCAAAGGACAUCCGCCUCGUUGCGAAACCAGACCAAUUGAUCAAGCGGCGGGGCAAGAGUGGCCUGCUUGCUCUGAAUAAGACCUGGCCUGAAGCGAGAGCAUGGAUUGCUGAGCGCGCAGGCAAGGAGCAGAAGGUUGAGACUGUUACGGGUGUCCUGAGGCAGUUCCUCGUUGAACCAUUUGUGCCUCACCCGCAAGAAACGGAAUAUUAUAUCAAUAUCAGCUCCGUACGAGAGGGCGACUGGAUCCUCUUCACCCACGAAGGCGGCGUAGAUGUCGGCGACGUAGACGCCAAGGCAGAAAAGCUCCUGAUCCCAGUCAAUCUCGCAAACUACCCCUCCAACGACGAAAUCGCCUCUGCCCUCCUCAGCAAAAUCCCCUCGGGCCUCCACAACGUGCUCGUCGACUUCAUCACCCGCCUCUACGCCGUCUACGUCGACUGCCAAUUCACCUAUCUCGAAAUCAACCCCCUCGUCGUCAUUCCCAAUCCCUCCAAAACCUCCGCAGCAGUGCACUUCCUCGACCUAGCCGCCAAACUAGACCAAACCGCUGAAUUCGAAUGCGGUACCAAAUGGGCCAUUGCCCGCAGCCCCGCCGCUCUGGGGAUCCGCAAGGCCACCAAUACGGAUGCCAAGGUAACCAUCGACGCGGGACCGCCCAUGGAAUUCCCGCCCCCCUUCGGCCGCGAGCCUAGCAAGGAAGAAAAAUUCGUCGCAGACAUGGACGCCAAGACAGGCUCGUCGCUUAAACUCACCGUCCUCAACCCGAACGGACGCAUCUGGACCCUCGUCGCCGGCGGUGGUGCAUCCGUCAUCUACGCCGACGCCAUCGCGUCCGCUGGCUUCGUUUCCGAACUCGCGAACUACGGCGAAUACUCCGGCGCACCCACCGAAACACAGACGUUCAACUACGCACGCACCAUUCUGGAUCUAAUGCUGCGCGCACCCUUGCAUCCAGAUGGGAAGGUCCUGUUCAUUGGCGGUGGGAUUGCGAAUUUCACGAACGUCGCAUCGACGUUCAAGGGGGUUAUUCGGGCGCUGAGGGAGGUGGCGCCUAUCUUGAAUGAGCAUAAGACGCAGAUCUGGGUUAGACGGGCUGGGCCUAAUUAUCAGGAGGGCCUGAAGAAUAUUAAGGCUGUGGGCGAGGAGUUGGGGUUGAAUAUGCAUGUUUAUGGGCCAGAGAUGCAUGUUAGUGGGAUCGUGCCGUUGGCGUUGUUGGGGAAGAAGACGGAUGUUAAGGAAUUUGGAGCGGCGUAG